AUGACACAACGAAAGGGAAAAAAAACUCCACAAUAUUGGAAAAAUUUCUUUUCCUUUUUUGCCGACAAUUCAGCCAACAGCUUCAAAAAUGGAAAAGAAUUUGAACGGGAGAACGCGGCAGCAAGAAAAAAAAUUGUAUCAUUUGUUGGCAAUAAAAAUGAAAUCCCCUUAAGGGUUCUUCUGAGGUUCUCCACAACCUUUAGUAAACAGGAAGCCGAGCAAAAAAUGAUUCAGCAUCAGAAGCAGCAGAAGCAUCUAGCAAACGACAUACAUUAUAGUGAACAUUGA